CUCCCUCAACUGCCCUUCACUUCCCUCUCUUGUCGCUCUCAAUAUAAACUCUUCCAAGACUCCCACCUCCUCUCUCUUUAUUCCCCCCCCAAACCUCUUCCCAUCAUGUUCUCUCUCCUUGUAGCCUCCUCCCUCCUCUCCCCCGCUUCAGCUCAGGUCGUCGCUACCGGCCCCAACGGUCCCACCAACCCCGACCGCCCAAGCUUCGCCGCGGUCGGCACCACCGUCGACCAGAACUCGCUCGCCCGCCUCCUCUCCGUCAACUCGAUCGACGACUUUUGUCUCUUCGGCCCCAUUAACCCCAACUCUGUCAUCGGCCCCAACGAGCACAAUGUCGUCGCAUGGUGCACCAAGCCCCGCAACAACGCACGCAUCAUCCCGGACGGCACCAUCCGCGCCGCCCAGUUCCUCCGCACACCGUCGUACGUCCAGGUCUCGGGAUGGUGGGACGGCACAAAGGUCAACAUUGCCAACGGCGACAAUGGCGGUGAGCUCGACCCCCACGGGCCAACCGGCGAGGGUAACCCUGUCGGCGGAAAUGUCACUACCAACGUCCCGACCGGCAAUGAUGUCUUCUACGAGGAGUGGAUGUCGUUCGUCUCGUACGACCAGUUCUGUGUGCGUAUCUGCACCGCAGAGGUCAAUGGAGUGACCACUGCCAAACAGUGCAACCACAUCUACGACCUGCAGGGCUGCCAGUUUGUUAUGGCCAUCGACGACUACUGGAACAUGCAGGGGUUCGAGUCGUGCGACAGCGACAUCGCCGCCCCGCCCGGUGUCUACGGCGAUUACACCUGGUACCAGGGAAUGGAGCCCACUCCAGCUGAGCCCGCCUUCCUCCCCAGGCGGUCCAACUGCGUCCGCUACUCGACCAUCUCGAACGGAAUUAACCCCAACAACCCCCAGGUCACCGCUCCCCCGACACUUGUCGGUGGCGGCGGCACGCAGCCUCCGACAACCACUCCUCCCACGACCACGACGCCCAACCCUCCCACCGGCACCGGUGGCACCCAGCUCAACGCCAAGGGCAAUGCCGGCUGGUGUCUCGAGGUUCGUGGCGGCGUCAACGCCAACGGCACCCCGGUCCAGGUUGCGCAGUGCAAUGGCUCGGCCCGCCAGAAAUUUGAGUUUGUCCGCAACGCUGCCGGCCAGGUCAAGGUUCCCGGCACCAACUUCUGCCUCGACGCCGGCGUCAACCCCGGCAAUGGCGCCAAGCUCAAGAUCUGGACGUGCUACAGCGGCCUCUACCAGCAGACUUGGUGGUACACUGGCGACAACCACCUGGCUAUCGCCAAUGGCCCCGGUCUCUGCAUGGACGUGACCGACGGCAACCUCCAGAGCGGCAACCAGGUGCAGGUCUGGGCAUGCGACGGCCCCAACCAGAACCAGAUCUGGACCUCGAACCUCGCCGGCGGCCUGCGUCGCCGCGCGGCCAACUUUGCGUAGGCGGGGCGUGGCGAACAAUGACUAUCCAUCGUGUACUUUAUAUUUUAGGACAAUCAUACCCAUGAGCAUGUUAUUGUUGGGUGAGAGUAGCG